AUGUCUGACAGUAAAUCCUCCAAAACCGGGACAGAGUCAGUCCGUUCCCACAAACCACCAUCAAAAGCAGGCUCGUCAGCUAGCAUUGAACUGCUCAGAGCAAAAGCGAAGGCUGAAGCUGCUCAAGCAAGAGCCUCAUAUGCAAAGAGAGAAAUAGAAAUUAAAGUUGAGCAAGCACGCUUACAAGCCACUCUCGACGCGCUGAGAGCAGAACAAGAGAAGGAGGCUGCCAUAGCAGAAGCUAAUUCUUUAGAAGCUGGUCUACUUGAAUUAGGCUUCGAAACACGCAGUGUAGCUUAUGGGCCAUCCCUAUCUGAGAACAAAGAAAAACGCACUGCGCAGUACGUUUUGGAACAAACAGCUAUCAAUGCAGCAGAAUCAACAGCCCCAGUAAAAACUGAAUACAAAGACCCUGCACCUGCUCUUCAAGAAAUCGCUGUAAAAGCGGAAGAGAAAACAAACUGUGCUGCUACUCAUAAUGAACUGUACAAGCCCCUAUCCACCAGCUACAAAGAGUUUACCCCUCUUGUUCAGACACCAUAUAAAUCCAAUUGUGCUCACAGUGAACAUGCCCCGAGCCAACCGACUUACGACCUUGCCAAAUAUCUAGCCUGCAACCAGCUCAUUACUACAGGCCUUACCAGCUUUGAUGACCAACCCAUGAAUUACUGGGCAUGGAAAUCAUCUUUCAAAACCGCAAUUGCAGGGUUAGACCUUUCACCAGGAGAAGAGCUGGAUUUGCUGGUGCGCUACCUUGGUAAAGAUUCAGCCAAACAAGCCAAACAAAUGAGAGCUGUCAAUAUCAGAUGCCCUGGAGUUGGGUUAGCUAUGACUUGGGACAGACUUGAAGAAGUAUAUGGCUCCCCAGAAGCUGUAGAGCAAGCUCUCUUUCAAAAGGUCGACAGCUUCCCUAAAAUCACACUUAAAGAGCCUUAUAAACUCCGUGAUCUUGCUGACCUAAUGUUAGAGCUAGAGGCAGCUAAGCUGGAUGGUUACUUACCUGGCUUGUCCUACUUAGACACAUCAAGAGGGAUCCAAGUGAUAGUCGAAAAAUUGCCGUACAAUCUACAAGAAAAGUGGAUGAAUAUUGGCUCAAAGUACAAGCACGAUUAUGGCGUCAGCUUUCCCCCCUUUACUGUGUUUGUCAACUUCAUUCGCACUGAAGCCAGAACACGAACUGACCCUAGCUUCAGCGUUCGCAGCCCUAACCAACCCAUAACAACAGAACAAAGACACAUGCAUGAAAGGUUCCCCAAAGAGCCCAUAUCUGUUCACAAAACUCAAGUACAGGACAAGGCAGAUGCAGAAAAAUCCAAAUGUGCUGUGAAUCCAAAUAAACAGUGCCCAAUUCACAACAAGCCUCAUCCCCUGAAAAGGUGCAGAGGGUUCAGAGAGAAAUCCUUGGAAGAGCGCAAACAGAUUCUCAAAAAGUUAAACGUCUGCUUUCGCUGCUGCUCAUCUACUGACCAUCUAGCCAAGAACUGUGAAUCAGAAAUCACGUGCACUGAGUGUGACAGCAAGAAUCACAUUUCUGCCCUCCACCCAGGUCCAGCACCACGGGAGUCUAAAUCGCCCCCUUCCCCACAGCAAGGCGGGGAGAGUGACAAAGCAGACACCCAAGAAGUCACGUCUCGGUGUACUGAGGUGUGUGGAGAAGGAGUGAGCGCCAGAGAAUGUUCAAAAAUCACACUAGUGAAUGUAUAUCCUGCUGGACACAGAGAGCAAACAAAGAAAAUGUAUGCAAUCUUGGACGAUCAGAGCAAUCGAUCGUUGGCACGUUCCCAGUUCUUUGAUGUUUUUCAGAUCCAAGGAGAGAGUCGCCCGUACAUGUUAAAGACAUGUGCCGGACUCACAGGAGUAUCAGGAAGAAGUGCUUCCGGCUUUAUAGUAGAGUCAGCGAAUGGAAAAGCAAGUCUUCCUCUACCAACACUCCUCGAAUGUAACGACAUUCCAGAUAAUCGCUCUGAGAUACCGACUCCAGAAGCUGCCCAUCACCACGCCCAUCUACGACAGAUUGCUAACUUGAUCCCACCAUUAGACCCAAACGCCGACAUACUACUACUGCUGGGACGAGACAUGCUUCGAGUCCACAAAGUCCGGGAGCAAAUCAACGGCCCAGACGACGCCCCAUUUGCUCAGAGACUCGACAUGGGUUGGGUCGUGGUAGGUGAUGUCUGUCUUGAUGGAGUGCACAGACCCCCACACGUGAACAGUUAUAAGACUUUCAUACUGGAGAAUGGCCGUGCAAGCCAUUUUCAGCCAUGCAGCAGUCAAAUAACUGUUAAAGAGACAUUCACAAAAGCUCCUGAGCAUAGUCACAGCCCCUCAAGCAUUCAUGUAUCAGGAUGUAAUGUGGACAGCAUUGGUCAGCAGGUUUUCACAUGCACAGCGGAUGAUCACAGACUUGCACCAUCAGUUGAGGAUAUGCAGUUUCUCCAAAUAAUGGACUCAGAGUUCUAUCAGGGCAGUGACAAUAGCUGGGUUGGUCCUCUGCCCUUCCGAUCGCCACGACAACGGCUCCCGAAUAACAGACAACUAGCCUACGAUCGCCUUAUGUCACUCCGGCGCACUCUUGAAAAACGACCUGAAAUGAAAACACACUUUCUGGAGUUUAUGGAGAACAUGCUUACCAGAGGACAUGCUGAAGUGGCACCAGCUCUCAGUCAGAACCAGGAAUGCUGGUACCUCCCUUUGUUUGGAGUUUACCAUCCGAAGAAACCUGCCAAAAUUAGGGUCGUAUUCGACUCAAGCGCCCCAUAUGAAGGAGUCUCUCUCAACAACGUGUUGCUAACAGGCCCUGACCUCAACAACAGUCUUGUUGGGGUGCUCAUAAGAUUCAGAAAGGAGCAGGUGGCCAUAACGGCGGACAUUGAACACAUGUUCCACUGUUUUGUUGUCAAAGAGAGCCACAGAGACUUUCUCCGCUUCUUGUGGUACAAAGAUAACGACAUGUCAUCUGAAGUUAUAGAGUAUCGCAUGCGGGUGCACAUUUUUGGGAACAGUCCCUCCCCUUCUGUCGCCAUAUAUGGGUUGAAGAAAGCAGCAGCGACUGGUGAGCCAGAUUUUGGGAGUGAGGUGCGGACAUUCAUUGAGCGAGAUUUCUAUGUCGAUGACGCUCUCAAGUCAUUUUCUACUGAAGAAGAGGCUAUACAAGUUCUCCAACAAGCUCAACAGGCUCUUGCUUCCUCAAAUCUCAGACUACACAAAGUCAUCUCCAACCGACCUACGGUCCUAGAGGCUUUUCCACCAGAAGACAGGGCAAAAAAUAUUGGAAACUUGGACCUGUGUGCUCAAGACUUGCCAGUGCAACGCAGUUUAGGGCUGCUGUGGAAUGUUAACACGGACACUUUCACAUUCAAAGUUGAAAACGAGCAAAAGGCCUUCACGCGUAGAGGUGUCCUCUCUACCGUUAAUAGUCUCUACGACCCCCUAGGGUUUCUCGCUCCAAUCACAAUUCAAGGCAGGCUGAUUCUCAGAGAACUUACCAGCUUGAUGGAUGACUGGGAUGCAGCACUCCCAGACAACAUGAAAGCAGAGUGGAGCAUUUGGAAGGACUCACUUCGAGAUUUAGAAGGUCUCCAAAUACCACGCCCCUACACUUCUCUCUCCACAUCUGGCGCUCAAACCAAAAAACUUUGUGUAUUUGCCGAUGCAUCCGUGAAAGCCAUUGCAGCUGUCGCUUACAUCAAACUUUCUACUUCAAACGAAACAGAAAUCGGCUUUGUGUUUGGGAAAACAAAGCUAGCUCCUCAAGCCGGCCUCACAAUUCCAAGGCUAGAGUUAUGUGCUGCAGUGCUUGCAGUUGAAGUUGCGGAGCUGAUAGUAGCGGAAAUAGACAUCACCUUUGACGACAUUGAGUACUACACUGACAGUAAAGUCGUGCUAGGCUAGGCUACAUCCACAAUCAGUCACGAAGAUUUUAUGUGUACGUGCAUAACAGGGUCCAACGCAUCCUCCAAUCAACAUGCUCCAACCAGUGGAAACAUGUUCCAUCCGAACUCAACCCAGCAGAUUAUGGGUCCCGCUCUGUUGCAGCAGCGCACCUGAGCAGCACAACAUGGUUUAAAGGGCCGGCCUUUCUCCUCAAACCGUCUGCACAGCCACAAUCUCCAGUCACGUUUGACCUUGUGGAUCCCGCCCUUGAUACAGAAAUACGUCCGCUGGUGACAACAAAUCUGACACAAGCCACAAAGUCAACAGUAAGUUCACCUCAUUUUGAGAAGUUUUCCAACUACAGUCCUCUCCUCAGAGCAGUUGCCCGCUUGAUCCACAUUGCUCGUUCCUUUGGUCAAUCCAACCAAGCAUCCAGCUGUCGUGGUUGGCAUCUCUGUCAACCCACGGUGGAAGAAUUGGAAAAUGCGAAGGUUUGCAUCAUAAAGAGUGUUCAGAGUGAGUGCUACAAAAGGGAAAUAAAGUGUAUUCAGGAAGGAAUCAAGAUUUCCUCCUCAAGCAGUCUCUGGAAACUGCAUCCGAUUUUAGACAGUAAUGGACUCUUAAGAGUUGGGGGCCGGAUCAUACAAUCUGAACUGGGCAUCGACACCACUAACCCUCUCAUCAUCCCUGCCCGACACCACUUGGGAAUGCUCUUAAUUCGGCACUAUCACGAGACUGUGAAACACCAAGGAAGACAUUUCACAGAAGGUGCCAUUAGAGCUGCAGGGUUCUGGAUGGUAGGGGCCAAAAGGGCUAUCAGUUCAGUGCUUUUUAAGUGUGUCAUAUGCAAGAAAUUGAGAGGAAAAGCAGAAUGUCAGCAAAUGGGAAACUUACCAUCUGAACGAAUGCGAGUUGCACCCCCCUUCACAUAUGUAGGUGUAGACGUGUUCGGGCCAUGGGACAUUGUAACACGGCGCACGAGAGGAGGACAAGCUAGCUCUAAAAGGUGGGCCGUGAUGUUCUCAUGUCUGUCAACAAGAGCAGUCCAUAUCGAGUUGAUCGAAUCAAUGAGCACAGACAGCUUCAUAAAUGCUUUAAGACGGCUUUUUGCAAUCAGAGGCCCGGCAAGACAACUAAGAUCGGAUUGCGGUACGAACUUUAUCGGCGCCUCUCGUGAACUGAAAAUGGACAGAUCAAACAUGUCGGUCAAGGAUGUCGAAGGCUACUUAAGCAAACAAAACUGUUCAUGGAUCUUCAACCCACCACAUGCAUCCCAUAUGGGCGGUGCCUGGGAGCGAAUGAUUGGGAUUGCCAGGCGUAUCCUUGACUCUAUGUUACGGGACUGCAAAAGAGCACUACUAACACAUGAACUGUUGUCAACAUUCAUGGCAGAAGUCUGCGCCAUCAUAAAUGCUCGCCCUCUGAUUCCUGUGUCCACUGAUCCUGAGUCACCUCUCAUCCUCACACCAUCAAUGCUGCUCACGAUGAAACCAGACUCAGCAACGCCACCCCCCGGUGACUUUGGAAAGGGGAUACUUCUGAAAGAAUAAUGGAAAAGAGUACAAAGUCUCGCUGACAUGUUCUGGUCCAAAUGGAGACGGGAAUACCUUCAUACUCUUCAGUUGCGACACAAAUGGCAGGACAAGAAACAAAGUCUCAAGGAAGGGGACAUCGUUCUGCUCAAAGAUAUUCAGGUGAAGAGGAGCGAUUGGCCCAUGGGCGUCAUAACCAAGACUUUCCCAGGGAAAGAUGGACUUGUCAGGAAAGUGGAAGUAACUACUUCUCACUCAGGCAAUAAGAAGACUUUCUCUCGUCCUGUAACAGAAGUAGUUUUGCUGCUGUCCCCCGAAAAGUUUAGUGACUGACAAUUUAAUGUGGGAUUGUUAUAAUCCCAGGCGGGGAGUGUUAUGUUACUGCUUGGUUAAUUUCAUGUUUCAGAUGUUAGUAAAAUGUGCCACCCUGUGGCCCCUUUAAGUUGAUAUUUUAUGACAGUAGAAGAAGAGUUAAACAGGAAGUGGAUGUUUUCUUGCUAUGCUGUUUCAAGAUGGCCGCACCACAUUCAUGUCCUUCUUUUGGGUGUUUGUUAAAGCAUUGUCUUUUCACAAAAUGAAAGAACCAGUAAACUUCAUAAGAUCUCAUCUAUUGUCUGGAGUUCCUGGGUUCAUGUUUAGCUGUUUGGAUAGCUAGUCAGACUUCUAGCGAGGCCAUUUACA